GGGUCCUAGUCACAUGACACGUCAUCAUGGCUUGAAAUAAAAGACAGUGGAACACAAUCACAGGAAAUAAUCAUUGUCUGUACAGGCAAGUAUAAAAAGAAGUUAAGCACUCUUCACAAUAAAAGCUCAAAAAUAUAAAUACUGUAUCCAACUUUAACCCUUUGGAGGCCAGGCUCGGAUUUGGCGGUUUUAUGUACUUUUAUGUACUUUUAUCAUGCUUUUAAAACAAACAUGAAUUCAUAAAUCCUGCUGUUUCAGUUGGAAUACAGCCUAUUUUUUGGUCUUUAUGUUUAUCUACACCACACGCAUCAUAAAGGGGAGGGGGGCGCCAAUUACACUAUAAAUUUGAAUAAGCUACCGAUGUAAACGCUGUAUUAAAAAAACAAAUUUCAUGUAAUUUUCUCAAUACUUCUCACCAAGAUGCAAACCUUACACGACUCCUGUCCUUGAUUAGUCCAUGAAGACGGGUCAGUUGGGACGGGGGGGGGUGGGGACAUCAGAGGGGGUCACUCUAUGGCAGAAUGGUGCUGGUGACCACAUUGCCUUCAUACACACACACACAGACAUAGUACACUUGCUGUGUGUCAUCAGUGUUCCAAUACCAUAUUUUCUUUCUUCCAUAUUUAUCCACUUAAGGUCCGAUGGGGGGGGACUCGAAGUCAAACCAAGGUUCAAAAUGAAUCUGGAUCACUUUGUGUGUUCACAUUGCACAAGUUAAGCAAGCUGAUCCAAACAAAUUCAACCUCAAUUUCCUGAUCAUAUGUAAACACUCGGCUGCACGGCGGUCGAGUGGUUAGCGCGUAGACCUCACAGCUAGGAGACCAGGGUUCAAUCCCACUCGGGCAUCUCUGUGUGGAGUUUGCAUGUUCUCCCUGUGUAUGUGUGGUUUUUCUCCGGGUACUCCGGUUUCCUCCCACGUUCCAAAAACAUGCUAGGUUAAUUGGCGACUCCAAAUUGUCCAUAGGUAUGAAUGUGAGUGUGAAUGGUUGUUUGUCUAUAUGUAUGUGCCCUGUGAUUAGCUGGCCACCAGUCCAGGGUGUACCCUGCCUCUCGCCCGAAGACAGCUGGGAUAGGCUCCAGCACACCCCGCCACCCUCGUGAGGAAAAUGAAUGAAUGUAUGUAAACACUCAACACUGACUGAAGUGGUUCCGGUCUCUGAGACACUUCUCUCCACCUUAGCAGUGUGAACGCAUGCUGAACCGGAUUCACUUGUAACCUUUUCUACAUCAGUUUGCCAUGUGAACACAAAGUGAUCCAGAUGUGCUGGCGUUGCGUUGACUUGACUAGGAAAAGAUCCCGGAUGGUCUUUCAAAUCAGUCUGUAAUGUGAACACAAAAAGAGUCACAGUAACUCCAUUUCCUGUUUUUUGUGUUCUGUUUCAUUCCAGAUUGCGUUGAUUUGAUUCCAUUCUUGUUUCUAUAAGCGUAGAAACCGCUAACUCAUUUGUUUGGGGAGCAGCAGGAAACUUUGGUUUUUCACUCGACACUGAGAAACUUUCCACAUGAAAGCUCAGCCGCCAUUGUUGCAUUUGCAUAAAACCUGCAAAGAAAUGAUGAUGAAAGAAUUAAUUUCGGACAUUCUGCUAUGAAAAACUACUAGUUAUUUUGGGAUAAUAAUAGCAAGAUGAUAGCAUCAAUGUGAGCAAACUAUCAAAGUAUAUCAACAUACAUGUACUUUAUACUGUGCUAGCGUGUAGAUGUAGUCGUGUGUGAUGUUGCCUGUCCAAAUAUCUUUCAAAAGAAGUAAAGGUGCGUAUAAAUGUACGUUUUGGAUGUGUUUUGAUUCCACUGGAAAUAAAACAGACAUUCAACUGGCGUAGCCUCUUUGAUAAAGUGCAUGCAACAACAUCAGUAUGCUUAUGGAUUGUCACCAGACCAGACAUUAAAAAUUAUGUUGCAAUCCCUGCUAAGUCCACGCGAGGGAGACAGUUCCAAAACGUUGUCUCUCAUCCCGGAAGUGAGGUUUUUGUUGCUUUAUUUGUUUUAAUAGACUAUUCUGCAAUCUGACAUUGUUUAAUAUAAUUAAUGUCAGAGAAAUGUUGUAGAUAAAUAUACAUUUUUAAAAGAGGACUCAGAUUAUGCUCGCAAAUAUAAAAAAUGACGUUGUGCUGCCUUCAGGAGCUAUCGGAGAAGGCACAAAGCAGUAAAACACAACAAAACCAACGCAAUAGAAUCCUUGUUCACAAACAAAAUUUAGAAUCGUGCGUUUUUAUUGUCGAUGCAAUGUGAUUUAGGAGUGAUUUAGCGCAAGAAUGAGGAGCCGCACGCUUUUGACGCCUAGAAUUCGGACAAUGACAGGGGUACCUGAACGCAACCUGCCAGUUCAACAUGGCGGCCCAACGGAGGAAUUUGAUGCAGAGUCAUCAGAGCUGGACAGACGACCUGCCCAUAUGCCAGCUAUGCGGCGUUGGCACAGCACCCAACUGUGUGUAUGAACCCGAUGGCAAAAGCACGCAGAGCCACCCCAACGAGGACACACACCUACGCUUCAGGAGCGAGGACGGUUGCUCGCUUUACGGCGUCUUCAACGGCUACGACGGCAGCCGGGUGGCCAGUUUUGCCUCGCAGUGUCUGACGGCCGAGCUCCUGCUGGAGCAGCUCAACUCCACUCACACGGACGCCGACGUGCGCAGAAUCCUCACGCAGGCCUUUGAGGUGGUGGAGAAGAGCUACCUGCACACCAUCGAUGAUGCUCUGGCAGAGAAAGCUAACCUGUCCAGCUACAUGCUUCCGCACAGCGAGAAGGUGCAGGAGCGCCUGAAGGAGUUGGAGCAGGAGGUGUCGGGAGGGGCGACAGCCAUCGUGGCGCUCAUCCUCAACAACAAGCUGUACAUCGCCAAUGUUGGGACCAACAGGGCGCUGCUGUGCAAGACCAGCACCGAUGGCCAGAAUCAGUUUUUCCAGCUGGGACGGCCACACAGCACCGACAACGAAGACGAGCUCCAGAGGCUGACGGCGCUGGGAGUGGACUCGGCUCGUGUGAGGCAGGCGGGACAGAUCAGCGGGCACAGCAGCACCAGAAGGCUCGGAGACUACAGAGUGAAAAUCAACUACAGUGACAUUGACCUGCUCAGCACGGCCAAGAUGAGACCCAUCAUCGCCGAGCCAGAGAUUCACGGCAGCCAGUCGUUGGACAACGUGACGGGCUUUUUGCUGCUGAUGUCAGAAGGACUCAUCGACGCCCUGGAGUCCGCGCACGGGCCCGAACACGUCAACAAGGAAAUCAUUGCCAUGGUAGCAGCGGAGUUGGCCCAGCAGACCAGCCUGGAAGCGGUGGCCCAGUCGGUAGUGGACCGCGUCAAGCGCCUGCACCACGACGUCUACAUGUCCGGCCGCCAGAGGGCGACGUUGUGCUCCCGCCACGAGGACAUGACCCUGCUCAUCCGCACGCUCAACUACCCGCUGGCGGACGGUGUGCUCACGCCGACACAAGGUGGCCGCAUCUACCCGGUGUCGGUGCCCUACUCCAACAGCCAGAGCACCAGCAAAACUAGUGUCACCCUCUCACUGGUCAUGCCCUCUCAGAGCACCCUGACCAACGGGACCAACACGGCCUCCACCCUGGAGGAGGGCACCCCCACGCCAGGCUCCGCCUCCAUCCUGCAGCCGAUAAUUGACCGCCCCCUCUCUCUGUCCGCCUCCCUUUUUUGCCUCCCGACCCGCGACACCUUGGCCCUCGCCCCCUCCCUCAUACCUGUACCCCCCACAUCCGUCAGCAGCCAGAGCCCCACCGCCACGCUGCAGUCCACCAACACACAGACACAGAGCUCCAGCUCCAGCUCCGGUGAUGGGAGCCUGUUCCGCCAGCGGGGGAGUCAGGCGGCGCAGCCGGAUGAGACGGGCCGGGUGCCGCCGUACGUGGACUUCAGUCAGUUCUAUCGUCUGUGGGGGACCGACCACGGAGAGAGCCAGACCGCCCAGGGGGGGCUGGGACCUCAGUGAGGAGAGCAGCACCAGGUUUUUGGACGCCAAUGAACCCUUUGGGUGCUCCAGGGACAACCCCGUACUCGCCAAGGUGAGGCUUUUUAUAUGUGGGACUUGUGGGGAACACCGUCAAACACCGGCGCUCCCGAAGAAACAAACCCACAAGCGGAUUAGGACUCGGGGCAAGGUGGGGGUCAAGGUCAACCUUGUGAGGGUGGCAUGCGCCAUUUCAUUAGGUACACCUCUCUGACAGAUGAUAUAACGCUGACGGCUCAUAGACCUUUAUUAUGAUGUCAAGAGCCCGAUCUUCCAUUAUGACACUGAAAUAUCCAUCCAUCAAAGCUGAGCAUUAUUAUUGAUGCAGGUGUACCUAAUGUUGUGUGCUGUGGUUAUACUGUAUAUGUGUAUUAUCAUUGUAUCAAUAAGGCCUGGACUUGUUUAUGAACAUCAUGAAUGGGCUCAUGUACCUUUUAAAAAAACAUGUAAAUAAAGAUAUUUUAUCUACAAUAUUUACAGUAUCUUCUUUUCACAGCAUGUGAUGGAGCAGGCCAAUGGGAUUGUUCUGUGAUGAAAAUGUAUUAUUUUUUAUAUUUACAUUCUUU